GAUAACCGAAUGGCGCGGUAGACAACAUACGGCUGUCGAUUUGGUCGCGGGUUUUAUUUCCAUUUUGAACGGUUUCGCGUGCAGUUCAGCGUUUGGAGUUAAUUUGUGGGAAGAAAUACUGCAAAGCAAACGAAUCGGUUAACUAAACUAAUUCUACAGUCAAAACUGUGCACUUUAAAUAGAGACAACAUGCGUUUGCUGCUGCUGCUGCUGGUGCCACUGGUGGCACCAUACCUGGUGGAUGGGCAGGAGGAUUACUGCUUUGGCAAGGAUUCGGAUCGCCCGCAAACAGCGCAAUUUGCCUCGAAGACGGCCUACCAGAUUGCCAAGAGCAGCAACAUCGACAAGCAGUACCUGGUGCCCGGCUGCGAGCCCAAGAAAAUGUGGGUCUUCCACAGGCACGGCACCAGGCUACCCAAAUCGGGUACCAUCAAGAAGGCCUCCCGGCUGAUAGAGCUGCGCGAUCAAAUCGUUAAUAACUAUCGGGUGGCAAAGACCAAGCCCGACGACAAUGCGCUGUGCACUGAGGAUCUGAUUGCCAUUCAGCUGUGGAAGGGCAACAGCAGCAUUACCCCCGAUAUGGAUGAGUUUCUGACCAGCCAGGGCUACGAUGAUCUGCGGGGCACUGCCAAGCUCUAUCAGCGCUACUAUCCCACUGUCCUGCCCAAGGACUACAAUGAUACGUAUUAUCAGUUCCGCCACACGGACACCCAGCGGACCACAGAGAGCUUCAAGGCGUUUGCCGAGGGUUUGUUUGGCACCGGGAAUGCCGCCCAUCCCGUGGACAUGCCCAAAGAUGAUCUCCUGCUGCGCCCCUACGACUACUGCCAGUCGUACAACGAGCUCAACUACAAGGGCGAGGGAUCCGAGUACCACAAGUACACACACUCCGCCCUGUGGAACAGCACCCUGGCAGAUAUCUCCACGAGAUUGGGCUAUCUGUACACUCUGGACCAGGCUGACAUCACGCUGAUGUAUGACACGUGCCGCUACGAGCAGGCGUGGCAGGUGGAUCGCACGAGCGUCUGGUGCGGCGCCUUCCUGCCGGAGCAGGUGACUGUCUUUGAGUAUGCCGAGGAUCUCAAGUACUACUACGGAUCGGGCUAUGGCUACGAGGAGGAUACGGCACGUCUCAACUGCCGUCUCGUGCAGGACAUGCUCACGCACCUGAGCAAUCCCUUGUCGCCGCAUGUGAUCGCCCAUUUCGGGCACACCACUGGGCUGCAGACCCUCAUCACGGCCCUGGGCAUCCGCAAGGAUGACAUCAAGCUGCGGGCCGACAACUACAACAGCCUGACGAACCGGCGCUGGAAGACGAGCAUCCUGGGCCCCUUCGCCGCCAACUUUGUGGCCGUGAAGUACGACUGCCCCGCCGCGCUCGACAAGGAGAAGGUCGUCUUCUUCCUCAAUCAGGAUGCCGUGCAGCUGGACUGGUGCAGCGUCGGUCUCUGCAACUGGUCGGAGGUGCUGCAUCGCUACAAGACCCUCGCCGAUGCCAACUGUGAUGAGUACUAUUGCCGCUCUGGCGCCUCCUCUCUAGCUGGCGGCGCACUCUCCACCCUCCUGGCCACCUCCCUCCUUGCUGCAGUAGUCUACUUAAUGCACUAAUCUGAAUCUGAAUCUGCAUCUGCAUCUGAAUCGGAUUGGUGUUAGUUUUUAAUGUUUGUAAAAUGUACAAAGUUCGUACCAAAUGAUGAGGAAGAGGAGGAGGACGAGGAAUGUCUUUCAAGUAUUUUUUCGAUUUAAACUCUCUAAUUUUAAUCCAGUCUCAGCACCACCUUCUGCCCCACGCCCCACCCCCAACACACUGCGGCCACCACCCCACACAUACACAACCACACACACACACACAGUCACAACAAUUUGUAACUUUUACGAUUUUUCUAAACGCUUAACGUACGUUGAAAGUGCUACAGUCAACAAAAUAGCUUUAUAUUAAUUAAAUAAAAUGAAUAAUUAUUAAAAA